UUUCUUAAACUCCCCUGUCUCCUUUUAAGCUUUUCUUCUCCAGCCAUUCCUGCAAAUCCUGUAUUGCAGCUCAGACGAGGUGACCCGGGGUGUGCUGCACCUCUGCUUUGUAGCACCUUCUUCUGAAUUGCUCUGUGCCACCAGGUGAAUCAGAGAGCUGCUGGGAGCAGAGAUGCUUAUCUCAGUUCCUGAGAGGUGCACAGCUGACUUCACUUCGGUCAGCGCAGUUACUCUGGCCCUCAUUGAAGUGGGGUCAGUGGUUUAAACUGCCAGCAGCAUCAGCUGCCAUGAAGUUUAAGGGUCUGGUAACAAAGUGGUCAGGACACCCUGUCUUUUUUUCUCCUAUCUCCUCGUGGUUGAAAAGCCAGUCAUUCUGACCAUCACCUAAAGGGAGUACACAUAGGUAGUUAAUCUGCCUUGGCUUUUGGCUUUAAAAUCUGUUCUCCUAAACAAUGAAUCAUUUACUGUUAGCCUUGUUCUUAAGGGCAUUUUCCCACUUCAGUGAUUCUUGGGGUUCUUUCUCUCACAAACCUUUGAUUCUCUGUAAAGCCUUACCUACAAGUCCCUUGUACCAAGAUUUCAGAGUGUGCCCAAGUUUCAACGCCUGAGAAGCUGUGUAGAGGAUUUUUGUGUAGAUCCUUUGGGUCCCUGCAGCAAAAGAAGGGAGAUUUAGACCCAGAGGAGCUGUUGAGAAGCUUGUCCAGCUUAAUGAUUAACACCUUGCAAUGGUGUGGGAGUGUCAGGACAAAGAGACCUCUGGACUCCUGAGCUCUCCUAAAAGAAUCCCUUGCACAGAACACAUCCGCUUACUAGAGAGAGGAUUAACUCUCUCAGGUAAUUUCAAUGGGUCUGUGAUCAAGUGUGUUGCCCUGGCUGCUUCAGCCUCCUGGCACCCUGCCUUAAAUGCCAUGAGCAGGAGAGAUGCAGAUCACAAGGAUCUUUGAUCCUCAGAAACCAGCAGUGAACUUGCUGCCAGUUAACAGAAGGAAGGAGAAAUGCUGGGAGGGAAUAGAUGUGUGUAUGCUGGCAGGGACCACCUUUCUUCUGUCAAGACAAGUAUCUGCCCUUGAGCAGCUGAGAUCUUUCUGUCCGUGCACAGAUCUGUUGCAUAUAAUGCUAAUGCUCAGUGGAGAGCAGCUCAAAAAGGCUUUCACAGGCACGGCUGGCAACUUUGCCUGGAUAUUAAGUCUUAUUUGGGCUCUAAAUGUGAUUUUAAUGGAUAAUGAGGACUAAAAGAGAAAGGUAAAUGAAGCCUUGUGUUAAUUUGCUGUUUGGUGAAGAAUCCUCACUACUGGUCUCUCUGUGGCCACCAGCAGCAAGGGGCAACCAGCAAGGCUGUUGUUUCUCCUCUGUCUGUGUCUGAUGCUGCAGGGACACAUGGGGCAAUGCACAGCCAGAGGAUGAGAUCAGCAUUUGGCUAGCGUGAGGAAGGGAGUUAAUGUAGUGAAAAGCUGUUCCACCCAGCUGCCCUGCUCUCUCCAGGACAGAGAGCAGCUUCCACAGUUUGGAAAGGUGUCAAACGCUAAGCAAAUAGAAAUGAUGGCUUGCCAGUGGCAAAUCUGCAGUGAUGGAGAAGCUGGCUGGCAGAGCUCACCUUCCCUGCAGGAGGUGAUGAGAUUGCAGGGGAAUCACAAGCUGACAGAUAGUUUGAAUGUGACACUGUCCUUCCCUUCUUCCUGCCUGGGGAAAAGUUAGAAAGUGCUGCUCGUACGGCACCUUAAUCUAGGGGAAACAGGAGCUAGAGUUCCACAGUUCAUGUUUUGACCUCUCUGUUCUUUCUGUAACAGCCCUGUCUCUUCUACUAGCAAAAAUGUUCACUUUCUCUUGCAGGCUGGAGGCUGCUGACUGUCUCAUCAGCCCUUGAGGCCUUGCCAGUGCUGACAGAGUGCACAAGCCCACCCACAACGCAGAGUGGCUCAGCCCUGCCAGCCUGUGCACAAUGUCUCUCCGCGAGCACGCGCUGUCCCUGUUCCGUGGCGCUGUGGGCACCGUCCGCCCGGCUCCCAUGCUGAAGAGGGCUCUGAAGCUCCAGGGAGAUGGGUGUCCUCAGCUGCUGGUGAAGGGCCAGGCCUUUCCAGUGAAGAAGAACCUGUACCUGGUGGGUUUCGGAAAAGCUGUGCUGGGGAUGGCCGCAGCAGCAGAAGAGAUCCUGGGAGAGCAGCUCACUCGGGGGAUUAUCAAUGUGCCACUAGGGAUCCAGGAGAGCCUGCAGCGAGCAGGAAUGCAGGAGAUGCUGCUGAAGCCACACAGCAAAAUCCAGGUCAUUGAAGGUGCCAAGAACAACCUCCCAGAUGCAGAGGCUCUGAAGGGAGCAGUUGCCAUCCAGGAGCUGGCUCAGGGUCUGACUGCAGAUGAUCUGCUCCUUGUGCUCAUCUCAGGGGGUGGAUCAGCCCUACUGCCUGCUCCCAUCCCUCCCAUCCUCCUUGAGGAGAAGGAGAAACUCACAAAGAUGUUGGCUUCCCGAGGAGCUGCCAUACAGGAGCUGAACAUUGUCCGGAAGACUCUGUCUGUGCUGAAAGGUGGAGGGCUGGCCCAGUUGGCCCAUCCUGCACAGGUGGUGAGUCUCAUCCUGUCUGACGUGAUAGGUGACCCCCUGGACAUCAUAGCGAGUGGGCCCACAGCUGCCAGCUCCCACAGCGUCCAAGACUGCCUUCAGAUACUCACCAAAUACAACCUGCUGCACAACCUGCCCAAGUCAGUGGAAAUGGUCCUCUCCAGCUCUCCCACCAAGCCCACUGCUCCACAAAGCUACUCCCAUGUUUCCAACAUCAUCCUUGGGUCCAACACCCUGGCUCUGGAAGAGGCCAGGCGCCAGGCUGAGGGCCUGGGCUAUGCGGCUCUGGUCCUGAGCGCAGCAGUCCACGGGGAAGUCGGUCGUGUUGCCACACUGUACUGCCAGCUGAUCCAGCUGGUCUGCCUGGGCUUUGCCAGCCUCAGAGAAGGUGCACUGAGUGACAAGCUGAGGGGCAACCUCCUGCAGCUGGCAGCAGAGCUACAGAUCCCAGGUUUGGACCUGGACGAGUUUCUAGAGGCGCUGCGAGGAUUAGGGCCCGACAGACCAGUCUGCAUCCUGGCCGGUGGAGAAACCACAGUCCAGCUCCAGGGAACCGGCAAGGGAGGGAGAAACCAGGAGCUGGCCCUGCGUGUGGGGCUGGGGCUGCACAAGGCUCAGGCCACAGGAGCCAGCAGCCCCCAAGGGAGGUGUGAGAUCCUCUUCCUCAGUGGGGGAACAGAUGGGCAGGAUGGGCCAACGGAGGCAGCAGGAGCCUUCUGCAGCCCAGGGCUGGUGGCUGAGGCACUGCAGGAGGGCCUGGAUGUGGAGGCCUUUCUCAGGAACAAUGACUCCUACACGUUCUUCAGCCAGUUCCAAGGUGGGCGUCACCUCCUGGUGACAGGCUUGACAGGCACCAAUGUCAUGGACAUCCAGGCCAUUUUAAUUAGAGCCAUGGAGAGAUCAUGAGAGCACCCUCUGCAGAUAUCCAGAUGCACUUGAUUAGGAGCAGGAGUAAAUGAAAGCACCAAUGCUGUGGACAAAUGCAAACUACUUAAAUUAGGGCUCACUGUCGAGGCUGCUAGUGUCUUUGACAGAAGGAAUCCACUAAUUAGACACAUGAGCGGAUGUCCACAGCAAAAACAAGCACUUGUAAUUGGGGCCAUCAGAGGAAGGUAAGAGGUCACAUUACAGACAAGGAAACUGGAUUUAAGACCUGUGACUGCUUCAACUAUAGUUAAUUUAAGAGAUGUGGGGAAGUUGAGGCCAUGGCAGGGCAACCAUGGAGAGCCCUUGCUGCACUGUUGCACUUCCAGUGCUCCCAGCUAAAGAGCAGCUCAGCAGUGGGGUUUUAGGGGUUCACUGGAGCAAAUUACAGUGACUGAAGGAUGUACAAGCAGUAAGAGUAAGGCCUGCUCACCUGAAGCAUGGAGGUGUUGGGGGGAUGUGGUGGGAAGGGGACACCCAGCACCUGCUCCACAUGCCAACACAGUGCCCUACAGCUCUUCCCACACUCGGGCACUGAGAUGACAGAGACCCCAAGCCCAGCAGGAGGCACACCCAGGAGUGUGGCUAAGAAGCACACUGGCAGAGAGUUCUUGAUACUGGCUGGGUGACACAAGCAGUGCACAGUGACAAAGAGGAUGACAUACCUUCAAUGUGCAGUGUAAGGACGGGGAUGAAUGAAGUGCAGUGACAAGCCGGCUGUGUGGAAUCUUCCUCCAGCUUCCUUCCCUCCACAGUAACAUCUUUCCUGCUGGUCCCUGUUGGGAGAGCCUCUGUGCCAGCAGCAUGUAUGCUAUGAGCUUUCAUGGUGUUGUUUUCCAACUGUCUAGAAAACUGUUGUG